AAUAAUUUUAUAAUAGAAAGAAUUAGAAAUCGUAAUAAAUUUUAUAUUUUUAAAACAUGCAUUUAGGAAAUUAUGUACUCGAUAGUAAAGAGAAUGAUAGUUUUGAUGAAAGUGAUAAUAGUAUACAAAUUUUGUCAGAUGAUAAUAGUUUAAGUAAUAAUGAUGAUAUAGAAAAUAAAACUAAUGAAAAACAUUUUGAUUCAAAUAAUGAUUGUAUAUCUAAUUGUGCAAGUAAUGGAACAGAAUCAAUUUUAUUAAAAGAAAAUGAGAAAGAAGAUGAAGUUAUAAAAGCAAUAAUUAAAUCAAAAGAUAUAAGUAAUAAUCAUCCUCCAUCUAUUACAACAGAAGAUUAUGUUGUUGAUAUAUGUUUUCAUCCUAAUUUAAAUAUGAUUGCAAUAGCUGAUAUUGGAGGAGAUAUAUAUUUAUAUAAAUAUAGCAAUACAAAAGUGGAAUUAAUAUCAACUUUGGAAUUACAUCUUAAAGCAUGUCGUGAUAUAGAAUUUAAUGAAAAUGGUACGAUUUUAUUUUCUACUGCUAAGGAUUUAUGUAUGAUGCUCACUGACUUAGAAACUGAGAAAUUAAUAAGACUUUAUGAAAAUAUACAUGAGCAACCAAUAUAUACAAUGACUAUAAUUGGAGAACAUAUGUUUGCAACUGGAGAUGAUAAUGGAGUAGUUAAAAUGUGGGAUCUUCGACAAAGAGGGAAUAUGCCAGUAUUUUCUUUAAAAAAAAUGGAAGAUUAUGUAAGUGCUAUAACAACAAACAGAGAAGCAAAAUACUUAGUUUGUACAUGUGGUGAUGGAUCUCUUACUACAUUUAAUAUACCAGGAAAAAAAUUGCAUGUUCAAUCAGAAGAGUAUCAAGAAGAAUUAACAUGUCUUGGUUUAUUCAAAUCUGAAACAAAAAUCUUAGUAGGUACAAAUAAAGGAAAAAUGUAUGUAUAUAAUUGGGGAGAAUUUGGUUUUCAUUCAGAUGAAUUUCCAAAUUUAACUAAAAAAGCUAUAAAUUGUAUGAUUCCAAUUACUGAAAAUAUUGUAAUAACAGGUGGAGAAGAUGGAAUGCUUAGGGCUAGCAGUUUAUUUCCUCAUUAUCAUCUUGGAAUAGUAGGACAACAUAAUCUUUCUAUUGAAACACUUGAUAUUAACAGUAAUGGUAAUCUAAUUGCAUCUUCUUCACAUGAUAAUGAUAUCAAAUUCUGGAAUGUACAGUAUUUUGAAACUUUGGAUGUUAAUAAACAAUGCAUAAAAGGUGGAAGGCAAAGGCAAUUAAAAUGUAAUCUUCCUAGUAGUAAAAUUGAUAAUGCAUCUACUUUUUUUUCGGAUCUUUAAUAAAAAAAAAAGAAUAAAAAUAAUAA